AUGGCAUCCACUUCGAGAGCUAAUAACGAGGCAGCAAAAUGGACUCAAAGCGAACAAGAUUAUCUCUUGAAAUUAAUGGUUGAACAAGUGAAAGUUGGUAAUAAGAGUUCUAGCACUUUCAAUAAAGGUGGGUGGAACAAUAUCAAGAAUGGGCUUGAGGAAAAAUUUAAUCGGUCAUUUACGAUGGUUCAAUUAAGGAAUAAGAUGAAUAAAAUGCGAUUCGAUUACAGCGCUUUCAAGAGACUACUGGAUACUACAGGUUUUGGUUGGAAUUCCGUGACGAGGACCUGUACAGUUGAAGAUGACAGUGUUUGGGAUGUACACAUCAAGCUGUACAGGAUGGGUUCCUCCAAUUCCAGGGCAAGUUCUAGUAUGCAGGCAUCCCAGCAGGUUUAG